UUAAGAAACUAAGACUAGAGUGACUUUGGACGUCCGCUCCUCACAGGUGCGGUGAGUGCUUAAUCUCCGGCCUUGCGGCUUAGUUUUUCUCUCGGUUUGGGCUCGAGGCCUCUAUCGCAACCAUGCUCCGCCAGAUCAUCGGUCAGGCCAAGAAGCAUCCUAGCUUGAUCCCCCUCUUCAUAUUUAUUGGAGCAGGAGGGACUGGAGCAGCACUGUAUGUCACACGCCUGGCAUUGUUCAAUCCCGAUGUCAGUUGGGACAGAAAGAAUAACCCAGAACCCUGGAACAAACUAGGUCCUAAUGAUCAGUACAAGUUCUAUUCUGUGAACGUAGAUUACAGCAAACUGAAGAAAGAAGGUCCAGACUUCUAAAUGAAAUAAUUUCACUUAAAGCUGCUUAGAAUGAAGGUCUUCCAGAAGCCAUCCGCACAAUUUUCCACUUAACCAGGAAAUAUUUCCCCUCUAAAUGCACGGAAUCAUGUUGGUGUAUUGUAUUGGGGUUUACACUGAUGAAUAAAUA